ACAGACCACGCCACGUUCGCAAUUACAGAGAUCUAGAGAGAGAGAGAGAGAGAGGGCAGAUCUACGCUAGAGCGACAGAGCCACAACUAACCGAGAGGGACAGUCCAGUAUGGUGGUGGCGCUCGGGCCCGGCCGGUUCUACGGCAGCGGCCUGCCGAGGCCGCGCUUCUUCCCGGGCGACCGCGUGGACCCGCCGGCGUCCGUCACCGACCCGCUGCUCGAGUGGGCGCGCGAAGCGCACUGGUCCAUGGGCGGCAUCAGCGUGAAGCGCCUCCGCCUGCAGGGCCGCAUCGAGGGCUCCGUCGACAAGCUCCGCCGCCGCGCGCACCGCGAUGCCAGGGUCAAGGCCAAGGCCAAGGCCCGCGCCGCUGGCCACAUGCCGGCUUCGCUCGCCGCGCUUGGGUCCGACGACGACGCCUCCAGCGGCGACUCCGAGGACGAGCAGGAGGUGGCGGCGCGGGAGCGGGCCCUGAAGCGUGAGCUUGUCGACGACGACGAGGACUCCGACGGGUCCGGCGAGUCGGAGGAGGACGAGCCCCUCGCGGCCAUCGUCACCGCCGCCAAGAAGAGGCGCGCGAGGAAGCUCAGCGACGAGUUCGACCGCAUCGCCGCGGAGCAGCAGCAGCAGCUGGUGUUGGAGAGCAAGCAGAAGCCGGGUGCCGCGACGCCGGCGACGACGUCAACAAAGAGGAAGGCUACCGUGCCGAGGGCUUCGCCAAAGAGGAAGGCUUCUGUACCCGCUGCUGGGGCGCCGGCGAGGUUGUCGCCAAAGAGGAAGGCUGCUGCAACAGCCGCGGCGCCCUUGUCGGCGGCUGGGUCAAGGAGGACCUCGCCGAGGAAUAAGCACUGAGUGGUGGUCGCCGUAUGUGCUGCUCUAGUUCCUGAUCUGUUUCUUGGCGAUCGUGGAGUCCUGAAAAUGUAUUGUGUGGUUGGGUGUCUACUGCUGGAUUGAAACGAUGAUGAAAUGGAAUCGAAUUGAUGGUUAUAUC